AUGUCCCUCUACUUUGAUGCGGUCGCUAUACUGACCGCGCCCUCCUCGGGCGGAUCGUUCAAAUCUCGCAUCUACAGCGCCAGAAAUCUACGCGCAUCCCCGGCCCAAAUCUAUGCGCUGACUACCGAAGCGGCCAAAUGGGACACCGUUCUGGCAGAAGUUAUCGACAAGUCGGGCAUUCUGGCUCUCGAGCGCAAGCUCUCACCUCUCCUCGCUCUUCUUCUUGUCCAUGACCAUUUACUCGCAAAGAAGGGCAUCGCUGCGCCGGCUACCCAUACACUUCGUCAAGCUGUGGAACGCCACAAGGCUAGACUCAAGGCUGAGUUUACGAAGGCCCGUGUCCGUCGUGGGUGUGCUUCCGUCGAGAAAUUCAAGGCUACUGUCAUUCGCGAGAAGCGAUUGGCCGAUGGUACAAGUCAUUUUGUGUAUCCGCGCUGGGUGCGCAUCAACAACAUUCGCACUACACUGGAGGAGCAGCUGAGUACUACCUUCAAGGCUUACCGCCGGGUAGACAGUCUUGCAGAAUUGGCUCCUGAGGAUGAGCUAGAAAGCCGGAAGCCGGAGCCGCGGUUGUUUAUCGAUCCCAAUAUCCCGGAUCUGGUGGCUGUGCCCUUCGGUGCAGACUUCACUUCUUCGUCUGCCUACAAAAAUGGAGAGAUUAUUCUGCAGGAUAAGGCCUCGUGCUUCCCCGCAUACCUCCUACUGGGUGACCGUGGCCCUAGCGAUGCUUGGGAAGGUGAUUUGGUCGAUGGCUGCGCUGCGCCGGGUAACAAGACCACUCACUUGGCUUCGCUCAUGGCCAAGCAACAUAAGGGCAAGAAGAGCACGCAAACAAUUUUUUCCAUGGAUGCUUCUACUAUGCGUUCCAAAACGCUACAGAAGAUGGUCGGUCUGGCCGGAGCUGACUCGGUGACUGUGCUGCAGGGCCAGGAUUUCCUCGCCCUCGACCCAGAGGAUGAGCGGUUCGAGAACGUAACAGGAUUAUUGUUGGAUCCCAGUUGUUCCGGCAGCGGUAUCAUCGGUCGCGACGAAGUUCCUCAAUUCACGCUACCUGUGGCGGCGGCACACAAGGGUCCUAAAUCGCACGGAAAGAAGCGCAAGCGCGAAAACAAUGACGAAGAGGCAGAUGGUGAGCAGUCAAAGGCUACUCCGGGAAUUCCGCAGGCGGCACCCACCGAUGAAAACGAUAUCGCCGAUGGGACAAUUGACCCGGAGCGACUCAUCAAACUGUCAAGCAUUCAAGCACGUAUUGUCGAACACGCUCUGAGCUUCCCGAAUGCUACACAUGUGACGUACAGUACGUGUUCUAUUCACUUGAUUGAGAACGAAGGUGUCGUUGCGCGCAUUCUGGGGACUCAGGUUGCACGGGAGCGUGGCUGGCGCCUUAUGCGGCGCGAUGAACAGCCGGAUGGCUUGCGCCGGUGGAAGAAGCGAGGUGUUCGAGAGGAAAAGCCUGCCGAGGGGGAGACUGGGCCGUCGGGUUCAGUCGAUUUGUCAGACGAGGCACUGGAAGCGUGUAUUCGAUCCUGGCAAGGUGACGCAGAAGGCCUUGGUGGAUUCUUUGUUGCUGGAUUUGUCCGAGAUCCCGAUUAUGCUACCCCGGCUGUUGCAGUGAAACAAUCCGAGGUCAAUCAUGAGAAGGACACCGGGAUGGACACACAUCAAGAAGACGAGGAGAACGAGGAAGAAGAAGAAGAAGAAGAAGAAGAAGAAGAAAAAGAAGAGGAGGAGGAGGAGGAAGAAGAAUGGGGAGGCUUCUCGGACUAG